UUUGACUUUACUGUCAAACCUUCAUUAAAGCAAUAGGAAAAUUAAGUUUUUAGACAUUUAUAAAUUGACAAGUUUUUUUCCGAGAUCUAGGGAAAACAAAGGAAAGGAACUCUGAUCCCGCUGAUAGAAUGGCUGCCACUCGUCGUCUGACACGGGAACUCUCUGAUCUGGUUGAGGCCAAGAUGAGCACUCUGCGCAACAUCGAGAGUAGCGACGAGUCCCUGCUGAUGUGGACGGGACUUUUGGUUCCGGAAAAGGCGCCCUACAAUAAGGGCGCCUUCCGCAUCGAAAUCAACUUCCCGCCACAGUAUCCCUUUUUGCCCCCAAAGAUCCUUUUUAAGACGAAAAUAUAUCACCCCAACGUGGAUGAGAAAGGAGAGGUGUGCCUGCCUAUCAUCAGCACAGACAACUGGAAGCCCACGACGCGCACCGAGCAGGUGCUCCAGGCCCUGGUAGCUAUCGUCCACAACCCGGAGCCAGAACAUCCGCUUCGUUCUGACCUGGCUGAGGAGUUCGUCAAGGAGCACAAGAAGUUCAUGAAGACGGCCGAAGAGUUCACCAAGAAGAAUGCGGAGAAGCGACCGGAGUAAGGUCAGCGGCAGCUCACAUUAUUUGUAUAUCAAAAUUAUAUAUAGUUUGGACCAUGAAUUAAAACUUGUCAGACAUAA